AUGUCGUCGACGUCGUCCAACUCCAAGCCGAAAAGAGCAGGUGGCCUCCAGGGCCACAGGCCGCAGCCGCUGAGCCUGCCGACCCGGCCGUCCAAGAAACCACGCGUCGGCGGCCACGCCGGAUCAGCUGGGGCUGGGCCCGUGAUCGUGUACGAGCGCACGCCGAGGGUCGUCCACGCCGACCCGCACGAGUUCAUGGCCGUCGUCCAGAGGCUCACGGGCAAGCAGUGGUCGUCACCGGAGGCGACGUCCGGGGCUAGGAACGGCAGGGCCUCGACGUCGGCGGCCGCGGACGCUUUGGUUCUCACGCUUGGCCAGGAGCAGCGGCGUGCGCCGUGUAGCCAUGAUCAUCCCGCACCUUCUGCUUCCCCGGGUACUGCAUCAUCGAUAUCGCCGCUGUCCCCGAGCAGCUUCUUCCUCUCCCCGGCCACCAUGCACGCGAUACGAGACCUCAUCAGCUGA